AUGCCUAUCGGUGAUUUGUUAGCUUCGAUCAGCGGAGGGCCGGGCAAGGCCUCGGCGCCCGGCCGCCCAAACCCUACCGCCAACAUCAAGCGAAAGGCCAGCGGCGAGCUUGCCAGCGGCGCCAGCAAGGCACGGCGGGUUACGCCCCCGCCGUCCAAGCUGAACCCGAACACCCGACCGUCGAGCGAUAGGGCCUCCUCAUCCGCUGCCGCCGGCCAGCCCUACACCGGAACAGCAACUGGUCGGCCUGCCGGCUCGACGCCCGGAGCGCCCCCGACGACGAUUUCGAGAAGACCCCAACCCGCGUUGUCGUCCGCCGCAGCCCCGAGGACGGCGCCAAAGAAGGGAUCGUUUGCCGAGAUCCUGGCCCGUGGCAAGGCUGCGCAAGUUUCCAUGGGCCAGGUGGGCAAGAUUCAGCACAAAAAGGUAGAGAAGCCCCCGAAGCGGUCCAAAGAGGAGCUGCAGGCAGCAGCAGCCGCGGCCACCGCCGCACGUGAGAAGAAGGCGGCCGCAGCUUCCACCGGAUAUGGAGGGACGUCACGACCUCUACAGCGACCUGCGGGCACCGGCAAUGGUGGCCCCCGACGACCUGGCGCCAGCUCGUCCUUGUCCAGGCAACGAUCAGUGACAGCACCUGGCUCUGCCCGCCGCGGGCCCGCCGCUGCCGCGGUGGAGCCGGGGAAGCGUGUCAAAAAGGCCGCAACGGCGACGACCGGGUAUGCGGGCACUGCGCGGCCCAAGCCCGACGCUGUCGACGGCAAGAAGCGGCACCACGACGCCCCGCGCGGCGGCGCGCUGCUCAGUGCGCCCAAGGUCCGUGCCCACCAGCACGACGAAGAGUAUGACGAGGAUAUGGACGACUUUAUCGAUUACGACGACGACGACGACGACGGCCGCGGUGAUGGUCGUCCGACUGGCUACGACUACAACUCGGACGCCUCCGAAGACAUGGAGGCUGGCAUCGACGACAUCGACGACGAGGAGGACCGCGCGGCGCGCAUCGCCCGCCUGGAGGAUGUUCGCGAGGAGAGGCUGGAGAAGAGCCUCAAGGCCGCCAAGGAGGAGCGUCGUCGUCGCGCCUAUGGCGACUACCGGUGA